AAUUCCAAAACCAGUCUUUAACAACUAAUCGACGACUUAAUUGACCCAAGUGCUAACAGUUUACUUCAUUGCAAGGUAUUAAUUGGACAAAUCUGCAGCAACAAGAUCGAACAGCAGCUGCCAUGUCGAGCUUCAGAAUCAUUGCAAUUUCCAUUCUCCACUUCACCUUUCUGCUCUGUAAUCCUUUCCCAAGCGCCUGUCUGAAAACGGACACAAUCAGCGCCGGCGUAUCCAUCAAAGAUCCCGACACCAUCGUCUCCCCCGGUAAUGUCUUCAAAUUGGGAUUCUUCAGCCCCGCCGGCACCGGAAACCGCUACCUGGGCGUGUUCUACGCCGUGUCGGAGAAAACCGUGAUUUGGGUAGCUAACAGAGGCCGGCCGCUGACGGAUUCUUCAGGGACGGCAGCAAUUUCCGGCGAGGGCAAUUUCGUCCUUUUCGAUGGAAAAAAUGAAACCCUAUGGUCGACAAACGCCACAGAUUCUCCGGCGAACGCGACGCUGCAAAUUCUGGACACGGGGAGUCUUGUCCUGAAGGAUAAUUCGACGGGAGGGAUAAUCUGGGACUCGUUUUCUGAACCGUCGGAUUAUUUCCUGCCGACGUUGAGGAUCGUCGACGAUACCAACACCGGGAAGAAGGUUUUCGUUUCUUCCUGGAAGAACGCCGCCGACCCGGCGGCGGGGAGCUUCACGGCGGGCCUGGAAGCCCGCAACAUCCCGCAGAUUGUCACGUGGAAUAACGGCCGCCGCCACUGGCGGAGCGGGCCGUGGAACGGCCAGAUUCUUAUCGGAGUUCAGGACAUGUAUUCGCCGUACCUCGACGGUUUCAAAGUGGUGGAAGAUCCGCCAGGCGUUUUCUACUUCACGGCGCCGGAAGGGAAGUUCUUGAUGAAAAUCGGCCUGAAUUCGUCGGGAACUUUGGUUCAGACAUUGUGGGACGAUCAGAAGAGGACUUGGGACAUAACCUGGCAGGCUCCGCAGCAACAAUGCGACGUCUACGGCACGUGCGGGGCGUUCGGGAGUUGCAGCUUUCGAGAUUCGCCGAUUUGUUCGUGUCUGAAAGGAUUCGAGCCGGCGAAUAGGGAGGAUUGGGACAGGGGGGAUUGGAGCGGCGGCUGCCGGAGAAAAAAGCAGCUCCGGUGCGGCUCUGGAGGAGAUUCCGAUGGAUUUUUUAAGCUGCCGUUCAUGAAAGUUCCUGAUUUGGCGGAGCAGUUUUCGUCGAGGCGGGGGGAUGAAUGCAGGACGAGGUGUUCGAUGAAUUGCUCAUGUAUAGCUUAUGCGUUCGAUUCGAACAUUGGCUGUAUGUUUUGGAGCGGGAGUUUGAUCGACAUUCAGAAGUUCAACGGCGUCGGCACUGAUCUUUAUGUUCGCCUCUCGGCUUCGGAAUUGGAUAGCCACAAGGACAGGAAGUUGGUCGUCGUAAUUCCUGUAGUCGCCGGUGUUGUCGCCGUAGCUUUUGUCGCCUUCAUCGUCUGGUGUUUGAUGGCUAAAAGAAAAGUGAAACGCGGGGAAGUGAAAGACAAUAAGAUCUUCGAAGCCGGGCAAACAUUCUCGUCAGAUUCGACAGCGCUUGUACUUAAAGAUGAGUCGGAGAAAGUUAACAUCGAAGAGUUGCCGCUAUUCACUUUCGAGGCGCUUGCCAACGCGACAGAUCAGUUCGACGAAAACAAUCUUCUCGGAAAGGGUGGUUUUGGGCCUGUUUACAAGGGAAACCUUCCGAACGGGAAAGAAAUUGCGGUUAAGAGGCUUUCGGCAGCUUCAGGACAGGGCGUGCAAGAAUUCAUGAAUGAAGUGAUUGUGAUCUCCAAACUGCAGCACCGGAAUCUUGUCCGGCUGCUCGGAUGCUGCGUCGAGAGGGAGGAGAAGAUGCUCGUGUAUGAAUACAUGCCUAACAAAAGCCUCGACGUCUGCCUAUUUGAUCCGACGCAUCCAUCGCAGAAGAUUUUAAGCUGGGAGAAACGUUUGAGCAUCAUCGAAGGAAUUGGUCGAGGGCUGCUGUAUCUCCACCGCGACUCCCGGCUGAGGAUAAUCCACCGCGACCUGAAGCCAAGCAAUGUUCUGCUCGAUGAGGAUUGGAACCCAAAAAUCUCCGAUUUUGGGAUGGCGAGGAUAUUCGGAGGGAAUGAAGAUCACGGGAACACGGCACGAGUUGUAGGAACAUACGGAUAUAUGGCGCCUGAAUACGCAAUGGAAGGGAGAUUCUCGGAGAAGUCGGAUGUGUACAGCUUCGGCGUGCUGAUGCUGGAGAUCGUGAAAGGGAAGAAGAACACACAUUAUUACAACCACGAAUGGUCUUUGAGCCUGUUGGGAUGUGCCUGGAAACUGUGGAGCGACGGCAAUGCUUUGGAGUUCGCCGACGAAACCAUGGCGAGUCGGAAUUCGGAGAAGGAGAUCGUUAGGUGCAUUCACAUUGCACUGCUCUGUGUCCAGGAAUUCCCCAAGGAUAGGCCUGCCAUUCAGACAGUCCUGUCGAUGCUCAGCCGGGAAAUCGUGGACCUGCCGGCGCCGGAGCAGCCGGUUUUUGCUGAGAAAUGGAAUGGCUUACACGUUGGGUCGAAUCAGCCCACCGGCCAUGUUGGAUACUCCAUUAACGAGCUUACUCUCACUGUUCUUGAUGGUAGACCACUCAACCCUAAGCAGACGUCUAAUCUGUGGGGACUGCUGUUCGAGAAGCAAAAAGUUAAAAAGGGAUUGCCAGAAAUGGCGAUGAGUUGGAAGCCAAAGAACAAGAUCCAGCCACGAAUCUUGAACAAGAUGGUACGAAAUUGGUCGUGUUCUUGUCUUCUAUUUUCCAUUGUCGUCCUGCACACCACCUGUUCGAUCAUAUGCGCAGCUCAGAGCCGAGACAGCUGCGACGCGUUCGGGAGGUGUGGGCCGUUUGGGAGCUGCGACCAGCACGAUUCCCCGAUUUGCAGUUGCCUGCAAGGCUUCGAUCCGAGGAACAAUCGGGAAUGGGAUGCGGGGAAUUGGAGCAGUGGGUGUGUAAGGAAGGUCUCUUUGAAUUGCGGAGGAACUGCCAAUGGAGGAAAAGCUGAUGGGUUUCUGAGGCUUGGAAUGAUGAAGAUUACGGGUUACUCCGACCGUUGGAUCGGCCCCGAAGAUCAGUGCGAAGGUCGAUGCUUGAUGAACUGCUCGUGCGUCGCCUACGCUUUCGACGUGGGCAUCGGGUGCAUGUUCUGGACCGGAACUUUGAUCGAUGUUCAGAAGUUCGCCAGUGGAUCCGGCUCGGAUCUUCACAUUCGUGUGGCGAAUUCCGAGUUAGGUCAAAAGAAAAGCUCGAAGAAGAUCGUUCUAAUAAUCAUCGUAGUUGUCGCUGUUGGCAUUGUUGUUGUUUCGCUUUGCUCGUAUUUUUCAUGGAGAUGGAUGGCAAAACGGCGAGGCGAUAAGAGAAAUGAAACUACGAACACAACCAUUUCUGGUUCGAUCGAUUCCUCUCUUCAAGAUGCAUUGAGCCAAGCGAAUCUCGAAGAGUUACCACUCUUCAAGUUAGAGAUACUCGCAAACGCAACCAACAAUUUCUCCGAAGCUAACAAGCUUGGCAGGGGCGGGUUCGGUUCCGUUUACAAGGGCGAGCUGGGAAACGGAAGACAAAUAGCGAUCAAGAGGCUUUCGAAAGCAUCCGGACAAGGGAUGCAAGAAUUCACGAAUGAAAUCGUUCUAAUAUCGAAACUCCAGCACAGGAAUCUUGUUCGACUACACGGAUGCUGCGUCGAGAAUAAGGAGACGAUGCUUGUAUAUGAGUACAUGUCGAAUAAAAGCCUCGACUUCUUUCUAUUCGAUCAAUCGCAAGAAGUACUCGACUGGCAAAAGCGAUACAGCAUUAUCGAAGGUAUCUGUCGGGGGCUGCUCUAUCUCCACCGCGACUCGAGAUUAAAGAUAAUUCACAGAGACCUCAAGCCGAGCAACAUCUUGUUAGACGAUGAUUGGAACCCGAAGAUUUCAGACUUCGGCAUGGCCAGAAUUUACGGAACUAAACAAGAUCAUGUCAGCACAGUACGGGUCGUGGGAACAUACGGAUAUAUGGCGCCCGAGUAUGCUCUAGAAGGAAAAUUUUCCGAAAAAUCGGAUGUCUUCAGUUUCGGAGUUCUAAUGCUGGAAAUCGCGACGGGAAGAAGAAACUCGAGCUUCCAUCAUCAAGAAGGAUCGUUGAACCUCGUCGGACAUGUAUGGAAGCUAUGGAACGAAGACAACAUCGUCUCCUUGAUAGAUCCUAGAAUAUUGAGGGGUAGCAACCGGCAAUCGGAGGUUAUUCGAUGCAUACACAUCGGAUUGCUGUGCGUGCAAGAACUGCCUAAAGAUCGACCGUCGAUAUCCUCGGUGCUGUCGAUGCUGAGCAGCGAAAUCGUGGAGCUUCCCGAGCCGAAACAGUCGGCGUUUGCCGUAAAAUCGAGCCGGCCCGAUGUCGGGACGAGCUCGGCCUCUCAGCAGAGCCAAAAGAGUAGCAACUCUGUUAAUAAUGUCACACUUACUAUGGUCGAUGGCCGGUAAAUUAAUAUGCUAUGGUUAUGGUAUUUAUAUACAGAAAUAUAUAUAUAUAUAUUUAUUUAAAAUUACUGUAGUUAAUAUAUAUUUUUAUUUAAAAUGUUGUAGUUAAUAUUUAUUUUUAAUUUUUUAAAAUUAUAUAUAACAUCCAAAUAUAUCUAAAUAAAAGAAGCAAGGCAAUUGUUUUAUUUUCAUAGGAAUAUGUAUAUUUAUUGAAGAAAUGGUAAUCAAACGAGGGGAUGAGCAUCUCAAAUCUCUAACUUGUUAGAUGCUUAUACCAACACAUAGUAAGAAAUAUAUAUUUUAUGUAUGUGUUUGUGUGUGGGUUGGUGAUUGGAUUGUACA